AUGAGGCUAUUCACCGGCACAGAGAUCGGCCUAUUGGCCUCGCUUCUAUUUGCUAGGUCCAAUGCUACACCAUGGAUUGGAACGCAAUACGUUGAGGUCUUUGAAACUACCGUCGUCGACGGAUUCACCGCGUCCUAUCUCACAGAGAAACCCAUCGUCGAGACCUCCAUCAUCCCUAUCAGCCCAACGGGAACCAACCCCUCCGUGAUCAGCACUUUCACAACGAUCGAGGGAUACAGUUCCGAUGUGACAGCUAUCAACCUCGUCGUCGCUCCAACGGCAGGUGUCGCGAUCACUACCAACAGCUUCUACGAAUACUAUGUGAAUGUCGUCUACACGGCGCCGGCAUCAUGCUCCUACACAACCAGCGCGACCCUCACGACAGCUAUCCCCGUUUAUAUGCCAUAUGACGCGGAGCAAUUGAUGCGUCCAACCACCGUUGUCACCAGCACGCAGACAUAUCAGUAUAUCACCGAUCAGAUCACCUAUACGCAGGCAAUGCUGGAUCCUAGCGAUAUCCCGAGCAGUGUCCUGUCUUCUGUUAGUUCAGUGUACAAGCCUUCGCGAUUCACCUCCUGCGUCCAUAACUACAACAGUGGUGGAUCCUCCAGUGGUGGCAGCAGCAGCGGCGGAAGUCGUUCUGGCUGUGACAAAUUCACCUGGUAUAUCGGCGGCUCGGCAUUUUCAGGUGGCUAUUGCUGUUCCAACGGAUGCUACUAUACCUGGGGCAUCUCGCCUGUUGGCCUAUUCCUCGCAAUCUUCUUCUCAUGGUUCGGCUUCUUCCUUCUCCUCGGUCUAUGGGAGAGUUGGUUUAUUUUCCGCCGGGCCAUGCUGGGCGAAAAGGUUCGGCGCGGACUGCCGUAUGCAUGGGCAUUCCUGUGCCCGAUUCUGUCUUGUUUCCUUCUUUUAACGGUGAAGAAGUACGAUCCCAAGACGCCGGAUCAACAGGCUUGGCUUGCGGGAAGAUGGAAGUCUAUGUCUGGUGGUGCGAAGGUGGGCAUGUGGUUGAAGAAGUUCUUUCAUCGCCGCGAUCCUGCCGCCGAGGCUCUGGGUUUUACUGGACUUGUGCCUCCCCAGGCUCAGGAUCAGGCUCAGUAUCCACAGGGUCCUUAUUAUCCCCCGACCGGCUCGCCCCCUCCAGGUGGCCCGGGCAUGCCACCCAUGGCUGCCUAUCCUCCGUCUGAGCAGAGUUACCCACGUCAGGAAUAUUCUCCUCAACCGGCGCACGUCGCACCUCAGACUGAUCGGGCUACGGAGCUCAGUGCCGAGUCUCAGCCCAAGACAGUUUCUGUCAAUGAGACUGAGAGGAGUCAUGAGUUGAGAUAG